AGGCACCAACACAUCUAUCGCCAUCAUCACUGCCGCAAAUCUAAAGAAAUAUAUAUAAACUUAGUUAUGUAAUAAACCUGCCUAAUAGUUAAACAUUUGUCAACUACUAGGCACCUAGUCGGAGACUUUCUUUUUUUUUCCUUCCCCCCCCUCACGACGGUUGUUUAUGUGACCGCAGGAAUCAUAUUUGAACUUCGAUUUGGGAUGGACCGCAGAUCAUGACGCCUGAUCAGAUACAAGUCCUCUUUAAGGACAUCCCCGAAAACGAAGAAUUAGGAACCCAGACACUACAACAGAUCUUCGAUGUCGCACAGGAGCUGAAGGAAGCGGGGUCUCCAGAUCUUCAGAUCUUAGCUGCAAGUAUUGCUAUUGGAAGUCGAGAAGUACUAUGGAGAAUACCGCUUGGAAAAUCCGGGUUACUAGAUUUUUUCCUUGAACUCCUGAAAGGGGAUAACUUAGAUCCGGAUCUUACAGCAUUUGCACUUCGUAUCAUAGGGAAUACUUGUGCAGACAAAGAUGAAAACCGACAACGGGUUAUUGACUCAGGUCGUCUACCUGAGCUAGUCGGUCUGUUAUAUCAUCACACUUUAUUACAAUUCGCCAUUCCAGUUCUAUAUAAUAUCUGUGUAGAUUACGAACCUGCUCAGAUAGCUGUAUCCAAAGCGAACUUGACUAAAGCCAUAAUUGACUUCCUCAUAAACCCAGAGUUACAAGAUAGAGCGUCGGCGUAUUUAUAUAAAUUGGCAGGCCUUGUAGCAGCGCAAGAUAUCGAGCCUAAUUUAUUCGUCCCACAAGCACCUCAUGUUCUCCUAUCUCGUGCCACCUUGGAAGCCUCCAACCCAGAAUCUACAGAUCUAGAUAGCUUCGUAGGACUAUCUACUGCCGCAUUAACAUAUCUCUCCCAUCAGAACUUCCAAGAGAGCUUCCUCGAAACCCCAGACUCCAUCAAAGUGUUCCUUGCAGCCUUUCAAAUAGUCAUCGAAGCCCCCCGUAUCUUCGAAACCGAAGACGCUGAAGAACGAGCACAGCUCAACCAACUGCAGGCCACAUAUACCCAGACCUUAGCCGAUCUAUCUGGAAACCCUCUCUUUGUAUCUCUCUGUCCCCUAGAUGGACCAUUAGUCGACUAUUUGCUCCGAUGGCUCUCUUCCUCUCAGCAUGUACAGUUGCAAACAGCAGCAUGUCUCGCGCUCGGCAACCUCGCCCGCUCUGACGCCUCCAGCAUCGCCCUAGUACAGAACUUAUCUAUCCACAAGCCGCUCAUCGCAAUUCUCUCGCCCCCCGACUCUGAUUCUUCAACUCCCGACCUCCAGCUCCUCCACUCCGCGCUCAGUUUCUUAAAGAAUCUAUCCAUUCCCCCUAGCAACAAAUCCGUGCUAGGCUCGGCUGGGAUCCUGGGCGCGGCCAUGCUCCCCCAGACCUGGGCCAUGGACACGCAACCACAGAUUCAAUUUGACGGGGUUUCUCUCGCACGCCUUCUCCUCGUGAACUGCGCACCAAAUGUGCGUCGUGUGUGCUUACCCCUAACUCCGACCACAGACACGCAAGAGCAGCGGACACCACUCCACGAGCUGAUGGAGCUGCACCGCAAAGCAGAUCAAGACCCAAUAAAGAUGGAGACAGCGCGCGCGGUAGCCAACAUCUGCCGGGUUUUGUACUCCUCUAUGCCGGUAGGCUCUGCGUUGCUCCCUGCCUCUGAUACAGCAACUCCUCUACCCGAAGAAGAAACUGCGUCUCUAUCCCUGUCUGCAAUAGACAAAUUUUAUGCCGUACAUCCCGCGCUCGCCGACACGCUUCUGUAUCUUGGGCUACAAACCAAAUUUCCCGUCCUCCGAUCCGAGCUAUGGUUUGUGCUUGCGCUGAUGGCGCGCUCAUCUUCCGGUGCCAGUGUCGUAGCCCGGUUCCUGCAUCAACGGCCUGAGAUCGUGAACGUGCUCGUCGAGGCUGUUAACGGAGAGAAGGCACCUGGAACCCAAGACCAAGACGCCAUCGUCCAAGAGAAUACCCCAGAAGAAGAAGAAGAACCGGGGUCUACACCCGACCUCUCGGCGCUAAGUGGACUGGGCCAGUUGGAGCCGCAGCAAGUUGACUCGGCUCAGGCGGCAACCAUGGCGAAGGUAGACCGGGAGAACGGGCUAGUGCUUAUCGCCGAGCUGUUGAAACGGUGUCCAGAUGAAUUGCCUACUCUGGCAAUAAAUAAAUUUAGGCGUGUAUUGAAGACGGGAUGGGGAGCUAAUUGCUAACGAUGAGAAUAAGGUGUGAGACGUUAAGCCUGGACAUGGGAAGACCGAUCUGUAGAACGUCGAUAUUAUGGGCUUGGUUUAGCUUGUCCUAAAGGUUAGAAGAUCAAGUUUGUUAGAAGCCUUUAGAAUACAAAUCCUGGUAGAUCUGAUCGUUGGAUGACGCUCUUCUACCAAUCCCUAUAAAAUUUGUUGAGCUUGCUUAACCAUUACAACAUUAUGCCCUAGCUCAUGUGGCACUUCGCGGUUUCACGUCACAUUGGUUCGAAGACGUAGAUCAUGUCCAUUCAUUUUUCAUUGAGAAAGACC